AUGAUAAAUCCCCCUUGCGAUUUCAUAACAAGGAACAAAGUCACUCGGUGGCAUCUGCGCAACGCGCGUCCCGCAACAUCGCGCUUCGCCACGUUUGUAUACAGGGUGUCCCUACUUUCUCUGGUGCAACUUUGCCCCGAGCAGAUUUCACGAGUCGAAAUAAGAGAGAAAAGAAAAAAAAAGAUUCGUGUUGAGUACGAUUAUUUCUACGACUAUGCCGACUUCACGUUGAAACCGAUCGUCAAGCCCACGACGACCACCACCACCACCACCACAACCGAAACAAUUCCAUCGGCUACAGAAGACGUUCAACAAUCGAACUCUUUCUCGGAAAAUUCAACUCAGCCUUCUUCACCUAGCGAGUCAACUACAAAUUCCAUUUUCGUAGAGAGCACGGUGGAUGUUGAGAGAACGAACGAAACCACAGAAACUGCCUUGAACGAAAAUCCAGAAAAUUCGACCAGCGAGAACCAUGCGUUGGAGACGAAUGUCGAAAGUGAAAGAACCAGAAGUCUGUUUAGCAACGGGGAAUUAUCCACGGAGGAUCCGUCUGAAAGACUGUCUGUGAAACGAUACAGAUCGGAAUAUUCGCCGGAUGAGAAGGGUCGUUGUCAUCGUUUGAAUCAACGAAGAUUAUCGCUAAUUCCGUUGGUGAUGAGAUUGUCGUCAAAACUUUUGGACGAUUUAACGCACAACGCAAAGAAUUCGGUGCAGGGAGAAGAUGCCAUCGAGGCGAAGAUGUCGUGAAACAGCAGAGAAAAUCGCAAAAACUUUGUUUCUCGUUGACUAACGUCAAGUCACGUAUGCUUGUAUCGUCCACGUCGCUUCAUCCUGCAUUCUAUUAUUCGUUCAUAUAGUUCACCAAGCCGCUCUGUAUAUAACACAAGAUACAGUUACGUGACAAAGUUGUAAAAUUGUUCGAAUAAAUUUAUACAUUCGUCUGUUAAAUAAAGUAAUUUCUCAGACUA